AUGCCAAAGACAGUAAAUUCGCAUGAUAAUCAAAUGGGUAUAAAGAAAAAGCAGAUGAACUAUGAAAGUAGCAGCGAAUUCAAAAUAGAAUUCUAUAGUGUUUUGUUGGAUUCUGGCGAGAAGAAAAUUAUGCCGCCGCCGUUGCUUCUCAUUCACGGCCAGCAAACGGCACCUCUGCGCUUUGAGCAGUUCAACAGGCUAUCUAAUCUGUCAGAAUUUUUGCAGCCUGAAGGAGCAGCCUGCCACAACUAUCUAAUCCAGUAUGCCCUGGCCCUGACGUUGAAAGAGAGCUUCAAAAUAUAUUGUGCUAUCAAUGACGGGAUCAUUAAUCUUGUCGAUAUGUUUUUCGACAUGGCCAAAUAUGAUGCUGUCAAAGCUCUUGACAUUUAUAAAAGAGCUGGACAACAGGCUGAACAUCUAGCUGAAUUUUAUAGCUUCUGCAGAACAUUGGAUCUUGCUCGGACGUUUCAGUUUCCCGUCUUGAGACAGCCUCCUCCCUCGUUCCUUUCAACUAUGGAGGAAUACAUCAAGGAAGCACCGCAGACAGGUUCUAUGUCGAAGAAGAGACUGGAGUAUCGAGAAACAGAAGAGGAACCUCAAAAACGUGAAGAACUCACCACUAAAGAAGAAGAAAAACAAGUUGAAGAAGUUGAGAAUAAAGAAGAACAGGUUGAUGAACAAGAGGAACCUCAGACUAAGAAUGAAGAUGAAAUUCCUCAAUUAAUAUCCACGGACGAGCCUGUUGAUUUGCUGGGCUUGAAUGAAGUAAAUCCAAAAGCUGUAGAAUUAGAGGAAAACAAUGCACUAGCUCUUUCCAUUAUUCAACCAGGUAAUAACUCGACUUUACCUAGUAAUGCAUUGAGUGAAAUCGGAAAAACUUCAGGAUGGGAGUUAGCACUAGUUACCGCUCCAAGCAACCACACAAGCCAAACAGCCGAAACCAAAUUGGCUGGCGGGUUCGAUAAGCUAUUACUCGACAGCUUGUACGAAGAUGAUGCUUCGCGUAGACAGAUACAGCUACAGAAUGCAGGUUAUAGUGCAGGAUACGGAUACGAAAUGACAGCACCAAAUCCAUUUGAGCAACACGACCCUUUUGCCAUGUCGAAUAACAUUGCACCGCCAAUAAGUGUGCAGAUGGCAAUGAUGUCCCAACAAGAACAAAUGAUUAUGCAUCAGCAGCAACAAAUGCCACAAAUGGUAUCCCCAAACCCUUUUGGAGAUCCAUUCAUCUAUUCACCAAGUUCAAUACGUCCACUGGGAAACCAUACAUUACUUUAGACGUCAAUUUUUUUUUUUUUUUGUUUUUUUUUUUCACUUUUAUUCAUUCAUAUUCUUUGAUUCUUUGUGAGAAGCUGGACAAAAGUUUGUCUUUUGGUAACUUGAAUAUGUUAUCUCUUGAUCCAUUUUUCA